AGUUUCCCACAAGCCAGGCUGAUCCCUCUCUGUCAGUCCACUUCACCAAGGUGAGUGUCCCUGCUCUCCCCCACCAGACACAGCUCUGCUGGACAAAGUGGCAGGGAAGUAGGGGGGUGUCAGGAGCCCUCCAGUACAGCUGAAAACACCCGGCCACUCCAGCUUCCUGCAACUUCUGACUCUGCCUUCAAACGAGACUUGGAAGACAGCCGCGUCUCAGCAGCUCCUCUGCCGUUAUCCAGCCUGCCUCUGACAAGAACCCAAUGCCCAACCCCAGGCCAGCCAAGCCUAUGGCUCCUUCCUUGGCCCUUGGCUCAUCCCCAGGAGUCUUGCCAAGCUGGAAGACUGCACCUAAGGGCUCAGAACUCCUAGGGACCAGGGGUCCUGGGGGACCCUUUCAAGGCCGGGACCUGCGAAGUGGGGCCCACACCUCUUCUUCCUUGAACCCCCUGCCACCAUCACAGCUGCAGCUGCCUACGGUACCCCUAGUCAUGGUGGCACCCUCUGGAGCCCGACUAGGUCCCUCACCCCACCUGCAGGCACUUCUCCAGGACAGACCACACUUCAUGCAUCAGCUUUCCACUGUGGACGCCCAUGCCCAGACCCCUGUGUUACAAGUGCGCCCACUGGACAACCCAGCCAUGAUCAGCCUCCCACCGCCUGCUGCUGCCACAGGGGUCUUCUCUCUCAAGGCCCGGCCUGGCCUGCCACCUGGGAUCAAUGUGGCCAGUCUGGAAUGGGUGGCCAGGGAGCCAGCUCUACUCUGCACCUUCCCACGCUCGGGUACACCCAGGAAAGACAGCAACCUUUUGACUGCACCGCAAGGAUCCUACCCACUGCUGGCAAAUGGAGUGUGCAAGUGGCCUGGUUGUGAGAAGGUCUUUGAGGAGCCGGAAGAGUUUCUUAAGCACUGCCAAGCAGAUCACCUCCUGGAUGAGAAGGGCAAGGCCCAGUGCCUCCUCCAGAGAGAAGUGGUACAGUCUCUGGAGCAGCAGCUGGAGCUGGAAAAGGAGAAACUGGGAGCUAUGCAGGCCCACCUGGCUGGGAAGAUGGCAUCGGCAAAGGCUCCACCUGUGGCCUCAAUGGACAAGAGCUCUUGCUGCAUCGUAGCCACUAGCACCCCGGGCAGUGCUCUCCCAGCCUGGUCUGGUCCCCGGGAGGCUUCAGACAGCCUGUUUGCAGUGCGGAGACACCUCUGGGGAAGCCAUGGAAACAGCACCUUUCCAGAGUUCUUCCACAACAUGGACUACUUCAAGUACCAUAAUAUGCGGCCCCCUUUCACCUAUGCCACCCUUAUCCGAUGGGCCAUCCUGGAAGCUCCAGAGAGGCAGAGGACACUCAAUGAAAUCUACCAUUGGUUCACUCGCAUGUUUGCCUACUUCAGAAACCACCCUGCCACCUGGAAGAAUGCCAUCCGCCACAACCUGAGCCUGCACAAGUGCUUUGUGCGAGUGGAGAGCGAGAAGGGAGCAGUGUGGACCGUAGAUGAAUUUGAGUUUCGCAAGAAGAGGAGCCAACGCCCCAGCAAGUGCUCCAACCCCUGCCCUUGACCUCAAAACCAAGAAAAGAUGGACGGGGGCCAAAACAUGUGACCUAGGCUGUGGAGGCAAGAAGACAAGUCCUGGACAUACCUCUGGAGACCAGGAGAUGAUGUUUCUGCCUCUCAGGGCCUCUGCCCCCUAACUAACUGCCCCCCUGGAUCAUAUCAUCUGCCUUAAAGCUAAGAGGGGUGCCGAUCCCAGCCCCUAGCCCCAACCUAUCCCCAAAAUGAGCUUUUCAGCCAAACAGCCCUCACAACCAGCUAUACAUACAGUCUGCCUUGGUGACUACCAAGCAGAAAGAUGGCAGACACAGUCAUAAUAAUACUGUCCCUUGGACUCAACCCAAACUCUAAAACACGAAGAGCCUGUCUUGGCUCUCAAAGUUACAGUCAUGCAGUCGCACACGAUUGCAGUCCUACUGACUCACGCCAGAGCACUCACCCACAGCAUCUGGAACCGUGGGCACUAUCACACAUAGCAUAGGUCUAUGUGCAAACCCUUGCACAGUGGCAACACCGGAACCUUCAGAAUUACAUCCCAGAAAAGCACACAGGCAUAACUGAUCAUACACAGCCUCAAGCAAUGCCCAAAAAUGUCAAGUCAGACAGCUUGUCAGAUCUCACACAUGUACAUGUACGCACAUGCAGCCCCCUCCACUGUAUCUUGUGAGUUCCAUGAAUAUACACCGACUCUCCAAAAUGUACCCCAUGUCUCACUUGCCACUGACCCCAGUCCCCUACCCCCAAGCCCCAAUCCAUGCCUAAGCGUGGCCCACAGAAGAACUUCUCUUUUAUUUGGGAUCCAAGGCCCCUAGCCCUCAGUGCCCGUCCAAUAAAUUGUGGUUGAGCUAAACAAUCACCCUGAUCAGAUAUGGGAACAGAUAAGCAGACAGCUGGGUUUAAGGUCCCAGCGGGAGAAAGUGGAUACCAAAUGGAAGAGAGCGCUAGAGCAAGUGCUUCAGCACUGUGUCCAGCACCCCCAAAUUCCUGCCUGUGGUUAGGAGACAUCCAUCAGAGCUCUAGGCCUCUCGGACCCGGCCCAAGAGGCCAGCAUUCUCCUGGCGAAGGGCUCGGUAGUCCUCACAGAUCUUCUCCAGGUUGCUCAAAGUCUUCUUGCCCAUCUCUGUCUCAAUCUAAGAAAACAAGAUGCACACAGCUUCAGCCCCUGCAGGCUGCCCCUCUAUUGCGCUCCUCCCUGCCCCUCCCAUCCUCAUAACAGUAGCCUGUUCUUUCCCAUCACUGGGCUUCUGUGUGCAUCCUUCCCUCCACCUAAAGCAACAGCUUCUGCUGUGGGCUCUGGGAGGCAUAAGGGGCUUCAAGCUAAAAGCCGGGGCUCAGAGUAGACAACUGACCAGCUUCAGGUCCCAGGCACAGCAGGCACUAAGGCCGAGCCUCUAGCUGCUGGUUGUCUGGUUUCAAAGACUCUCAACACAAAACAAGGAACUAUCCCCUGGCCUGUCUCCAUUCCCCUUCCCAUUCCCAGGUCUCACCUGCUCCUCAAGAUCUCGAACUUCCCUCAUGAUAGUGCCUGUGUCCUCAAUGGUCUGGAUGAGCUGGCUGCAGUUCUAGAAAUAGCAAGAAUACAAGGCUUGCACCUGUGCUGGCCCUCUACAGCCAGCCCCACCAGGCGCAUGGCUCCCCUCACCUCAUGCAGAGCAGCUAGGUAUUUGUAGGCUUUCCGAACAGCAUCAUCCUUCUUAGCAUCCUGAUAAGACAAAGGGGACCUCAAAUAUAUCAGCAAGCCAUUGGCCCCUUUUCCACUACUCUAUGCCCCUAUAAGACCACCCUUUACUACUACUUUGCCUUCACCCUCCACAAAGCAAAGCUAGGCCCAAGCAACAGUGUACCAAAGGGACUCACAGAGGGGCAAGGUGGCCCAUGGCAGAUGGGCAGGCAACAGCCCAGCCCCACCUCCACCCUCCCCAUACCUUGAAUACAAGCUCAUCGGUCACUGCAAAAGUCCGGUCCAGCUUCCCAGAGAGAGAGUUGAUUUCCUUCUGAAGUUCUUUUGUGUCUGACAAGAUCUGGCAGAAACCAGGGUAACUAUCAGUCCACAUCUUGGGCAAUGUGGCUGACCAGUGAUAACACUCAUGUGCCUAUACUUACAUCCAGUCAGGGCCUAUGUCACUGUGUUGGGGUGACCAUUUAUGUGUUGGAGUGUGCCUUGAACGGGUCUGCCUAGUCGUAGGCAUAAAGUCCCUGUGUGA